AUGGCAUCGUUGAUUGGUAGAUUUCUAAAUCACCUUGCCCUCGGGCCCCUGGAACGCAAAGUGACUGAAUAUCUCAACGCAGCCACCUGUGACUCUGUGGCUUCCGAUCUGGGAAAGGUACUUUUGCCGCAACGGUGGAGAGCACGAGGGCAUUUGCAGGUAAUCUUUGGCCAGUACUGCAUUCAAGACUCAGCAGGCGAGAAAUACUGGAAUGAGGAUAGCUUUCGUAACCAUAUUCGAAGUGCGCAUCCAGAGUCUAUAAUCUCCGACGGCGCGGUCCGGCUUCUCUGGAGGAGUUUCCACUUUUACGCCUAUCAUCCAUUCCCACGCCAUCCUCAACAGGUGACCAACCUUGACUUUGACGCAUUUCACCGCGCAGCUCUGCUCGUCGUUUUUCAAUGUGAUUCCCUCCUGGGCACUCGUGAGCUGGACUGGUUCUGGCGCCACGAUGCAGCUUUCUUUCACAAUGCCUGUUUUGCGCGGGUAUUCAGGAGUUUGGCGGUGCCAGAGACUGCAACAAUAGAGCAAGGCAAGUCUGUUAAUCAAGUGAAUGAUGUGACACCUUCCUUGAGCGAUGCCAUGGAUGUCCUGGUCAUGGUCGGCCCUCAAUUCAUACAUGCGAUGCCUUCAGAAAGACAACUCGAAACUGUCGCACGGAGACUAUUCAUCAGCGGGCCAGCUGCAGAGCGAGGGUCAGCGAGGCGAGAAGACGUGUCGAACCUAAUGGAAUUGUUGCUGAGACUCGAAUUGAACGAAGAAAAAUGGGGCUCCUAUUAUCAUUACGGUCAUAUUCUGCAAGCCGACCCGGCAAAUGAAGAGUUUACCGAGGCCUUGGUUGAUGCUCUAAUGGGUGGUGAGAACAAACAGGUCAUGACGCCGGAGCAGCUUCUUGAGGCAACAUGCCUAUUCCCCAAUCUUCCAUUGAGAUUUCAGCAGUUAUGGGCUGUCUUGUUUCAACCUCCAAUGGAAUCACCUUGCUCGCUCCCGGCUGCAUCAACUCACAUUAGGGAAGGAGUCAUCUCCCUCUUUCUUCCUCGACUUUCAUUUGAGAUCGAUUUCCGCCCGAGAGAGGAUAAUCAGGAUACCCGCAUUACAUUCGCAGAAGUCCUGGUGUCACUAGACUCAUCCAAUUUGGAAAUGAGCUCUUUGAACAAAGCCCUCUCACUCCAUUCCUCGGAUCACGUUGUGCUGUUCACUGGUGACACCGAAUCGACUCGGAGGGCUGUCAUGGGCGUCUAUCUACCAGCACCCUCAUCAGUGAUCAACUAUAGCCUGGGACAUACAUGGCAAAGGUCCUCGCAUGUGUUUUUCCAGUUGCUGCCCACUUUCCGGUUGCUAUGGGGGACAAAGUCGUAUGCCCGACUGGCAGAUUUAAUCAACACAAGAGACAAAAAGACGUCUCCGGGAGAUGAUAUGCAAAUCGACAACCCAAAAACUCUUACCGUGCCUUAUUGGAUAGGAGAUGCUUCAGGCGAGGGCGUCCGGCUAAAGAUUGACCCCGAGAAGAGAACGGUGGCACUCACUGGCGGCGACGCACAACUUCGAACAGACUUGAAAACAAAAAGAAGCAAUGAAGUCGCCGAGGAGGACGAAGUUUUGAUUCAGAAUGCUCGGAUGAACCUAUUCACCGUCUAG